GUCAGGAAAAAGAUGGCUGACAGGAACAGCAGUACAGUGACGGAGUUCAUUCUUUCAGGAUUCACUGAUCAUCCAGAGUUGGCUGCCCUCAUGUUUGCACUGUUUCUGGUGAAUUACCUCAUCACAAUUGUGGGGAAUUUUGGGGUGCUUGUGUUAAUCAGGGUUGAUGCUCGACUUCAAUCCCCCAUGUAUUUCUUCCUCAGUAGUUUGUCUUUCUUAGACAUUUGUUAUUCCACCACCAUCAGUCCCAAGCUGCUGACAGACCUCUUAGCGGAAAGGAAGGUGAUUACUUUUACUGGCUGUCUAGUUCAAUUCUAUUUCUAUGCCACUUUUGCCAUCACUGAGUGUUACCUCCUGGCUGCUAUGGCAUAUGAUCGGUACGUGGCCAUCUGCAAUCCACUAACCUAUACGCUCAACAUGUCUCAGAAGGUCUGUGUUUGGUUGGUGGCUGGUUCGUAUAUUGCUGGAAGUGUCAGUUCUCUGAUACACACGGGGUGUCUGGCUCAUUUAAUUUUCUGUGGCCGCAAUGUCAUUGAUCAUUUUUACUGUGAAGGUCCCCCCCUCCUCCGGCUUUCUUGUUCUGAUACCACUGUCAAUAAAUAUGUAAAGUUUGCAUUUGUUGGCUUUAACCUGCUAAUAACCAACUUGACUGUCCUUAUUUCUUACUUUUACAUCUUUUUCACUAUUUUGAGAAUGCACUCAGCCGAGGGCCGGCGCAAAGCCUUUUUCACCUGCUCCUCUCACUUGCUGACUGUUGUCAUCCUUUACGGGAGCUUGGUUUUCAUAUAUCUCCAACCAAAUUCAUCAACAACUGGAGACAAAGUGGCCUCUUUGUUCUAUGCUGUGGUCAUCCCCAUGCUAAACCCCCUGAUCUACAGCUUGAGGAAUAAGGAAGUGAAGUGUGCUUUGAAGCGGAUGGUGGAGAAACAAAAGGAAAGCCUGCAGAUAACACUGCUUUUGUCAUCUCAUCUUCAAGUAUUGUCCAUUUCCAGCUUUACUGGUAUAUUUAUCUCCAUACUUACAGCACAUUUAGAGGAUCUGCAGACUGCCACCAUAUGA